AUGGUAAUUAAAACACUAAAACAAUUAAAUUCAACUCAAAAUAACGAAGCACGAUCUACAAACUCAACACCGAGAAGAAAGGGAACUAAACAAAAUAAACUUAUACCACUACAAGAUAUCCUGUCACCAUUGCUUAAUAAUAUAAAAUCUACAAAUCAAGAUUCUACGGCUGAUAGUAGUAUACUGACAGUUACUGGUGAUAUAUUAACUAAAGACAGUAAAACGGAUACUGCAACAGACACUUAUACAUACUCUGACAGUAACAUGCACAAAAAAGAAAACAGUAAUAUGUGGAUCACUAAAAGAAACAAUAGUUUUAGCAACAAAUCUGAAAUAGCGUUAAAUGUUCAGCAGCAAGAUGUUGUAAAUAAAGUUAUUGACAAGGAUAACAUAUCUACUUAUAUUACUAAUAAACGGUCAAUAUUGGUGGAUCGUAUAUCUGCAAAAAAGAAAAUCAUAAUUAUUGCUGAUCAGUAUGGGAAAAAUGUCAGACACUCAUUGGAAAAACUUCUGGGUCCGGAAUAUCAAGUUUACUGCUUUAUUAAACCUGGUGCCAAGUCAAGCGAAGUGUUAAAUGUUUGGAAACAUGAAAUAUCUUCAUUAACAUUAAAUAAUUGUGUGGUUGUACUUACAUGA